AUGAAGGAACGUCUGUCAGUUACGAGGACCGGCACAUCUCGGCUGCUUCCAGUUGCCCUCUUGCUGGUUUUGGCGCUCCACCAGUCCUCCCUAGUUCUGGCUGAAAAUGCCUGCGACGUUUGUUCUUGCAUCGACACCACCGUCAACAACUGCCUGAACACCAUUACUACCAUUCCUACCAACAUUCCCGUUACCACGACAAUCCUGGACCUGUCCUUCACCGCCAUCACGAUCAUCCCCAAUGGUGCGCUGAAUAGCCUGUCCGCCUUGCAGAGGCUGUCCUUUUACGCAUCUGCCGUUUCGUCCAUCGAGGCAAAUGCCUUCCAGGGCCUCGCCAGUCUCAUCGACCUCGAUCUUUCGGCCAACCUUUUCACCGAGCUUCCAGACCAGGUGUUUUCCUCCCUGACUGCUCUGACGUUCCUCACCAUGACGGCCUCGUUACUCACAACUGUUUCAACCAACACUUUCACUGGGCUCGGAGCACUGACCGAUCUUGACAUGAGCUUUUCGGUGAACCUGGCCACCCUUCAAGGCAGCCCGUUUGCACCACUGUCUUCGUUGAGCAACCUCUUCCUUGACUCAUCCAGCAUCACCACAAUCGAACCGCAAACCUUCGUUGGUCUGUCGUCUCUGCUUCAGCUCCGCAUGCAAAGCAGUCUCGUCACCAGCCUGCCCGAUCUUAGUUUUGCCUCGCUGUCUGCGCUCCAGCAGCUAGAUCUGCGUCGGGGUCAAAUCACUACCAUUUCCGCAAACGCCUUUCAAGGUCUGACAACCCUGACAUACUUGCAUCUUGCCAGGAAUCCGAUCACCUCUCUGCCGGACAAUGUGUUUGCGCCAAUCCCUACCUUGCAAAACCUCUUUUUAGAUAGCACGCAGCUCACCAGCAUUACCAGCAACACUUUCGCCAGUCUGACCCAGCUGCGCACACUGUCGAUGCGCACCAAUCCGCUGACUGCCAUCCCAGCUAACGCAUUCAGCGCGCUCGGUGCCUUGACUUCCUUAGACUUGAGCUCGAAUCAGAUUUCCAGCAUUGACCCCCAGGCGUUUAGCGGCAUGACCAACUUGCAAAGCUUGUCUCUGAAUGGAAAUCCGUUUACAAGCUUGCCCAGCACCGUCUUCAAUGGUCUCGUUUCUCUGAACUUCCUAGCCAUGGGUUUUACUCAACUCGCGAGCAUUCCGGUCAAUCUUUUCAGCGAUCUUGUCAACCUUUUGUCCCUGGCGGCAGGAUCUUCGCCCAUUUCUGCACUUGAGCCUGGCGUGUUUUUCAAUCUUCGAAACCUUCAGACGCUUCUCCUUGGAGGAACCCAAAUCGCUACCAUUCCAGAGAAUGUGUUCUCAGGCCUUGCUUCGCUGACCUACUUGGAUCUGGGCUUUUCUCAAAUCACCGUGCUGCCCGAACACGCAUUUGCCAACCUCACCUUGCUGCAGACACUCUUCUUGGACGGCUCUCCCAUUACCAGCAUUGCCCAGACGGCCUUCGACAAUCUUCCCAGCCUGCAGCUGCUCUCAAUGGCUAGCACUCAACUGACCACGAUCCACUCCAAUGAGUUCUCAAACCUCGGGCUGCUCAACACACUGUACCUGGACUCAAACUCUCUGCUCACGACAAUUGAGCCCAACGCGUUCAUCGGAUUGACUUUGCUGACAACGCUAUCGCUGAAUUUUGACCCAAUCACCAGCUUGCCUGUUGGCGUUCUGACGGGUCUGUCUGCACUGCAUCUGCUGAACUUGGGCGGCACACAAAUCGCCUUUAUCGAACCGAAUGCAUUUGCUGGGCUUGGCGCUUUGCAGAACUUAAUCCUGUCCCUCUCUCCCUUGACGAGCGUCUCUGCCAACACCUGGACUGGAUUGACUUCGCUGACAAACCUGGAGAUGUCUUCGACGCAGUUGACAACGCUUUCGGCAAAUUCUUUCAAUGGCCUUUCUUCGCUUCUGACGCUGUAUCUCUCAAGCAGCCCCAUCGCAACCGUGGCUGAUAACGCAUUCUUCGGCCUGGUGUCUCUCCAAACGCUGUACUUGGACUACACCCAAAUUGCCAGCGUUUCGCCGUACUCGUUUGCUGGGCUGACUGCGCUCCAGUACUUGACUUUGGGCAACACACCUCUCACAGGCCUUCCCGCCAACGUGUUUUCCGACCUCUCCUCUCUGAUCAACCUAGACUUUAGCGGUUCUCAACUCGCCACCCUGUCAAGCCAGGUGUUCCAGGGCUUGAGUCAGCUCCAGAUUCUUCAAUUGGGCGCUACUCGGCUUGUGAGCCUGCCUCCCUACGUGUUCAUGAACCUGCCGAAGCUGAACUAUCUCUCGUUGUCGUAUCUUCUUGCAACAACUCUCCCGUCCAACGUGUUUGCAGGUUUGAGCGAGCUCUUUACGCUUGAACUGGGCAACGCUUACGUUACGAGCCUGCCUGCGGAUGUCUUCCAAAAUCUCCCGUCGCUUUCUUUGCUGUAUCUGAGUUACACCCAGCUGACAAGCGUGCCAAGCGGACUGUUGUCGGAUCUGUCGGCACUCAUCACUGUGUCGCUGGCUGGCAAUACGUUUACCACCUUGCCUCCCGGGUUGUUCCAGGAUCUCACCGCUCUGUCGUUUGUCGACUUUUCGUUCAAUAACUUUACCUUUGCCGGAAACACGAUCGCGCCCCCGAGUACCUUCGGAACUGCCGAGUUCCCCACGCCGUGCCAUCCUUCUGCUACGACGGCUAUGUCAAGUCGAACGGAGCGUGCGUCCCGCAGCCCACGUCCUCGUCGGCGUGCCCGCCUCGACCCAGCCCACACGCCUGGUUGCAAACCCAAGCAUCUUGUCAUUGAGCGUUUCAACACGAUGAAAUCGCUGAAAACCAACUUGCUCGGCUUGCCAUCAGGAGACCACGGCUCGAUGAAAUCGGUUGCGAUUGACGACGGUCGUCUGUUGUUGACCACCAAGGCGAAAGGCAACUCGUUUUGGGCCACCACGUUGGCGGCUCCUAACGCCUGCUUUGAUGGCUCCAAGCACGACUACAUCCGUCUUCGCGUCACUGCCCCGGCUCAGGCUCGUAUUAGCCUCGAGUUGCAAGCCAAGACCAAGGAUUGCCACACAGUCACCGGCUCUCCCGCAUCUGUUGCACUCCAGCAGUAUUCUCCCAGCCCCUUCGAUGGUACCGAAAAGAUCAUUACCAUUCCGCUGAGCGCCUUUAGUGGCGUUUCUUUGACGCGCCUGCACGCACUCGUCCUGACGGGAUUCGGCCCGAAUCCCAUCACAAUCCUGGUUGAUGAGAUUGAGUUCUUCAAGUCCGCGCAUUGCUCUAAUCCGACCCCAAGCGCGUCGCCGUAUGCAACUCCCACCGCUUCUUCGGCAACACCGACGGCUUCUCCGCCUGCCUGCUCGCCAGUGGUGGUUGACGACUUUAGCGACAAUCGCGCUUGGACAAACUCGCUCGGCUAUCUCACGAACGACGAUGCCUCCAUGGACUUGUUCAAGCAGUCGGCGGGCACGUUGCAGCUUGUGGGAAGUGUCGACGGCGACUCGUACUGGUACUCGCUGCUUGGCGGCAACCAGCCCAAAACAUGUUUCGACGCGUCCCGUUUUAGUGCUCUCCAGCUGGACGUCAAAGCACCUGCAGGUACAAACCUGGUCCUUGUUCUCCAAAUGCGCAAUGCAAAGUGCACCACCUGGUCCACGCAAGUCAGUGUGCCGUUGCAGGCGUACACGACCUUCAACGAUGCGUUCCAGACGGUCGUGGUGCCCUUCUCGUCGCUUCCCGCAGGUUUCAACGCCAGUCGCCUGCAUGCCGUUGUCCUGGAGGUCCAUUCUCCAGUCAAGGGCAUGAUUACGCUGGAUAAUGUUCGCUUCGUUUGCGCUUAA